UAUACCUUAAACUUAAACAUGAUAAUGCGCGUUAGAUUUGAUACUAAAAAUCUUUUUUAUCCUCAGACUUAUAAAUUGUUUGUUUUCAACAAUGCUAUUUAGAUCCUACCAUGAAUCGAAAAGGACUAUCAGAUGACAGUGACUGACUUGUAAGUGUUUCGUGAUUUAUUUGGACUACUUUCGUUUUCAAAGGUCAUUUACCAUAGAAAAAGGUUUACAAUUGAAAAAGUUAAUAAAUACAUAUAAUUGACAGUUAAUUGGAUUAAAGAACUAAUUUCAAAUGGUGAUGAGAGAAUCUAUUAUGCAUUUGAUUUUAUUUAAAGAUUGAAGAAUGGUACCAGUUGGUUUUCAUGCGUUCUUUUCUUUACUAGUAAAAGUAAUGCAGUUUUGAAGUACCAGUCGACCUGAGUAUCAGAAUAAAAAAGAGCUCCCCAUUUACCAGAUUAUGACAUUAUGUAUUCGCUUGGAUGUUUAGCCCCUUACAACAAUAAAAUGAAUAUCCUUCAAUAUUUGACAAUGUUGGAACAUUUAAAACGUACACUAAAUAAUACACUCAGUCUGAUAAUCUUAUAAAGAUCGCUUGCAUAUUUUGAUGAUAAAAACUGAUCAAGUAAUAACGCAGAUAUAAAUAUAUAGGCCAAGUAGAUUUUAAUGCGAAACAUUCAUUUAAUUCAAUUCAUAAUUUGCUUUUAAAUGUAGAUGCCAAAUUAUGGAAGUCUCUGGUAAAACGGUGUUAAAAAACAAAAAUUUAAAACUGUGCAAUUUCUGUGAAGAUUUUGAUGUUACAACAUAUGCCGAUGGGUUCUGCUUAGAAUGCGAAGUCUAUACUUGUGACACAUGUUUUCAAAAGCACAAAGGGCGAAGAAUUAAUAGAAAUCAUUCCUUAGUUAAUGUUGAAGAGUCAAAUUCAGUCAAAAUAACGGUUGAUGAUGCGUAUGAAACUUGUCAAUAUCACAAAGGAGAACUUGUGAAAUUUUAUUGCUCAAAGCACGACCAAGUUUGCUGUGGAGAUUGUGGGGUGUUAAAACACAAUGAAUGCAAGUUGGAGUUUAUCAGCAACAAAGCUGCUGCCUUUGAAAACAGUCAGGACAGUAAAACUUUAAUGGCGGAUUUAAACAAAUGCAAGAAACAGGCUGAAGAUAGUUUAUCAUUGGUAGCGAACAACAGACAACAGCUGUCCAAAUAUUAUGAGAAAUUUGUUUAUGACGUGGAUACAUUUGCGGUAGAAGCUAUUGAGCGAAUAAACAUGAUGAAAAAAGAGGUUCUUGAUCAAGGCAAGGACGUUAUGUUGAACGACAAGAGAAAAAUGGAUGAUAUUCAAAAGGAGAGCGAAGAUUUGAUAGCUGCAAUAUCACAUCAAAUCAGUCUUGUAGAGUCUAGAAAGGAUCAACCUAACAAAUUCUUUGUUACGUCACUACUAGUAAAGCCAGAGUUGAAAAGGACACAGCAUAAUAUUGAUAUUAUAAGGAAGAAAAACGCUGUUACCAAAUAUAUAUUCAAGCGAGAUCAAACACUAGAGGAAACAAUGCAAGAAAACAGAGGGAUUGGGAUGCUCCUUGAACAGAAGGAAACAACUGGUAAACGAGAUGAAAUCGAGUUCAAGGAAACUGAUUUAGUUAAUAAAGCCCAAAGUAAAGAUCCUUUACCAAAGGAGGUGCAAGAAAACAGAUCGGAACCUUCUUCAAAUACAAAAGAUGUUUACCAUAGCGAAUCAGGGGGAUGCUAUAAAUUUAGCAACACACUGGUGAAAGUUUAUAAAGGGGAUAUUUUAAACAUCCCUGUUGAUUGUAUCGUAAAUGCAGCAAACAAAAACUUAUCACAUGGUGGAGGUGUAUCCGCAGUGAUUGCAAGAGCAGCAGGUUAUAGCCUAACAAAAGAAGGGGAUGAUUAUAUUGCUCAACAUGGCGAAAUUCCAGUUGGUCAUGCUAUUGCAACAACUGCUGGAGUUCUCCAUUAUAAAUGUGUGAUUCAUACAGUCGGUCCAAGUUGGUAUGAUUAUAAAAGUCGUUCUCAUGAUGAUGUUCAAAGAUGUAAAGAUGAUCUCUUUCAUGCCAUUUACAACUGUUUCGUAAUUGCUGAAAGAAGGGGUCUGAAAAGUAUCGCAAUUCCAGCUAUAAGUUCAGGUAUAUUUGGGGUACCCAUAGAUAUAUGUGUGGAACAAUAUGCAAGUGCCAUUAUUUCAUAUUGCAAAAAAAGUUAACCCAGCUCAACUAAACGAAAUACACUUCGUCGACAUCAAACCUGAAACUUUGAAAAAAGUUCAGCAUACAUUCAUUGCUAAAAUGACCAAAGAAUAUCAUAACGAAUUAAAAAGCAGCGGAGAAGGUUUAGACAGUGUAAGAUAUACCAGUCAUGAAGCAAAAGUAAAUGAAUAUAUUAGAGAUUUGCCAGAGCCACUUGUAUAUGAAGAAGGUUGGAAGCAAAUUGUUUUUUGCUUCCUUGAGUCAGAAAAGCUAAACAUUUACUGCGUAAAAGACAUAUUUUCUGUGAAAGUUGAAGGAAUAGUUGUAUCAGUAAAUAAAAAUGGGAAGUGUGGUGCUAUUGGACAAGCACUUCAAAACAAAAUACCAAAGUCUUACUUACCUAAUUUCAAAAGUGAACUUGAAAGAAAAAUGAAUAAAAGAUCCAAGACAGGAGAUGUUAUAGUAAAUGGUGGAUACAGUUGUGGUUAUCAAGCAGUACUUUUUGUAAUGUA